AAAUAUUCAGGAUAAAAUAGCCAGUGACAUCACAUCGAUUUUGAAUUUAUUUCGCGAAUAUUCCCAUAAUAUUAAUGGUCCAUCCACUUCAACUCAAAAUUUGCCACCGAUUGGCUUUCCAAAUGUCACAGACGGAACGACCCACAUCGGACACGACAUAUGGAUUAGUACUGAAGCAUUUGAUAUGGUGAUGGCAAAUUCCUCACCCGGUGUGGUUGUUCGUGAUUUGUGUAGAGCUUUAUUCUCCGCUGAAGAACUCGUCAGUAGCACAGUAUCUGGCAGACCUUCGAAUAAAAACAAAAAAAAAAAGAAUUAGAAAAUGUUGAUAUGCAAGUCCAAGGACUUUCAGGCACAAAAAUUAAUGCAAUAAGAGAUGUGUUGGAGCAUUAUUUAUCAAUCAGACAUAAAAAAAUGUCUCAAAUAAAAAAAGACCAGACCAUAGCCCGCUUAAGAUCGGUGAUAGCAUUGUUACUUGCGGAUCUUAAAAAAAAAGGGAAAGAAAAUAAAAAGACAACAACCGUAGAAGAUAAAAAAUCAAAAAAUGCAGAAAAAGAAGAGGAAACAGGAGAUAAUUCUAAUAUUAAUGAAGAAAACAGAGAAGAAGUAGAUACAGAAAAAGAAGCAGAAGAUAGCGCUGAUUUUGAUGGAGAAGAAAAAGUAGAAGAAAAUAAAGAGAGAGAAAAGAAGAUGAUGGUGAUGUGAUUGAAAAAAGGGAAACCGGAGAGGAGAUGGAACCAAAAAAUGACACUGAUGUCAAAAGUGAAAAUUCCAACGAGGAAGAAACAAGUGGUUUCAGCGAUAUGGAAAAUAAUGAUAAAUGUUAAGUAAUAUAAGUUAAUACACAAAAACAUUCUUAUGUUUAAACAAUCGUUUUAUUCAUUCAUGUUUGAUAAUUGCCAAUAAAUUCCUAUA